AUGUCUGAAAGCUCCCCACGCUCUGACGCCUCGGACCGAGCCUUCUCACGCUGGUCAGAAUCAAGCCUGAGCGCAGGCUUAGGUUUAGGCGACGGCGAAUCAGAUCUGCCCAAGAAGGAUCUCUACGUUCCUCACCUGUUUGAUUUUUUGUUCGCCGCAAGGGACAUCCACUACUUGAUCCAGUCCGACCUGCCUCUUACAUACCUAAGUCCCGAUGCGGUGGACUCGUCCAAGCCGCUGGGAGCGGGCGCAACCUUCGCCGUGAGCCGGCAGGCGGUGUCGCAGGCCACCAAACCGGUGCAGCAAGUGACCAAAACGACCACCUUUACCGUCCAAACGCUGGCCCACAGGCCUCCUCGACCCCGAUACGUGGUGUACAAGGUGGCCAACAUCCGCUUCGAGAGCAACGGAGAGCCCAGUCCCACACAUCGACGGGCGGCCAUCAACUUCCUCACUGAGCUGCACAGCCUGCUCCACCCGCCGUUGUUGGAGCAUGCAAAUAUCGUCGAGAUUCUGGGAUUGGCAUGGGGAUCCAAUCCACUGACCCCUGAGCUGAGACUGCCAGUUCUCGUGCUUGAAUAUGCCGAGCACGGGUCUCUCGCCGAUGUGUUGGAACACGCGAUCCUGGAAGACGACGUCAAAGCGCGUCUCUGCCUGGACAUCACUCUCGGCCUGCAGGCACUGCACCACUGUUAUCUGGUCCACGGCGACCUCAAGGCCGACAAUGUGCUGGUGUUUACCAAUCCGGAGCCCCAGCCCCAUGAGCGUGGUCGUUGUCGCUACGUGGCCAAACUGGCGGAUUUCGGUUAUUCAUUCGUGGGCCCUGCCGAGACGGGAUCCCUCUGGAUUUCCGGGACCGACCCCUGGAAAGCCCCCGAAACCAAACAUCCUGUUCCUGUGCAAGAUGCGCCCAAGUCUGACAUCUACAGCCUGGGGCUCUUGGCCUGGGUUGUGGCCAUGAAUGGUGAAGACCACUUCAGACAUACCCUCUGGCCGGGAGGAGGACGGAGAGAUUACUUGGCUGCCGUGGAAGAAUGGAAGCAGAACGACGAACUGAUUGUCCGGAGUCGAGUUCACUCGUGGUUGCGGGAAUGGAUCCAUCAAAUCAGACUGCGAGAUUGUACAGCAGAGUUGCGGGCUUUGGCGACCUCGCUGGUUGAGGUUGAACCGGUUUCCCGUGAUCUUGAUGACGGGGAGGUCGCAGGAGACAUGGACUUCCCUCAACUUGGCCCCGCUGAGUCUCCCAAGGUCCGGACCGGCUCCUUCUUUUCGGUCUUGAACUCGAUUUUCGACAAAUCACUGACCAAAAGCCCGCUUAGUCGAGAUCUCGAUGCCAUCACAGAGCUUCUCCGGAGCAUAUUGGACAGACCACUCGAAGAGGGGCCCAGAUCCGAUGGUCCUUCAGCUCCUGGUCCUGAUCCUGGUCCUACUUCUCCCCAGGACUCUCUGUACGUGAUGCCACAGGACGAACAUACACCAGGCCCGAUUGUGGCGGGAAAGCCCCAAGGUGGAACUAUAUACCAGGUGACCAAUACUUCCGACCGAACAAUUACAUUAACUCUGAGCGAGUCCCCGUUACCGCCUCGUCCCCGACCGGUCGAGUCGUCGUCCGAGAUUCCGAAGCUCCGUCAGAUGUGGUCGGCAAAGGGAUUCAAGACGCGAAUGGUGUCGUGGCAAGCUGUGCGCAUCAGUCGGCCGGCGAUCCAAAACCUCUUGUUCCGAAAUAUGGCAUCCGACGAUGUAGUGAUGCUUUUCGGCUCCACCGCGUGCUUGAUCAACGGAUACGGGUGUGGGAAAGACGUGGAAGAAGCAUGCAGCAAACUGAGGGCUGCCGCGGCCCAAGGACACCAGGUCAGUCGAGCCUAUCUCUACCGAAUCUGCCAGGCAUGCGGCGUCGAGAUGGACCUGUCCCUGGUCACGCAGCAUCUCACGGCCAUGGCACACAACGGCUCUCGAAAGGCGCUCGAGGACUUGCGGACGGUGGAUGCCUCGAGAGCCCAGACCAUCCACACCCGCCUCAGCUUGGGGUUUGGCGGCGUCGGCGCCCCGUGGUUCUGGCCCGAGAACCUGUUAUAUGGCCUCACGCAGCCCAAGAUCAUGGACGCCAAGUUCAUGUCCGAGUUUCUGGGCCAGCAGGACCAUCCGCAUCCGGAGACAUUGGUUGCAAACAAGCGCGGAGACAAACUCUUGCACAUAGCCGCAAGCUGCGGGGGGGUCGCCACGGUCAGGCUCUUGAUCGACACGUACAAGAUGGACCCCAACACGGUCAACGCGCAGGGCGAGACCGCUCUGCUGUGCUCCUGUCGAUCGGCACAGGGCCCCAUGACGGCGAUGCUGUUGCAAACAUACCAUGCCGACGCCUCCAUCGCAGCAAAGAAUGGAGAGUCUCCUCUGCACUGGCUCGUGUCAUUCGGGGAUGAAAUCAUCGCGCCCCUGGGGAAGGAUCUCCUGUCAUGCGGAGGCCGCAUUGCCGCCGAGACGACUGAGAAUGUGGCACACUCGCUGUUCCCUGCCUCCAUCGAUGUCGACGUCCUGCUCCCCGGCACGCCCCUGAGCUGGGCCGUGCAUCACGACCGGCCGGUGAUUGUGCAGUGGCUGCUGGAUCACGGGGCGGACCCUCAUCACCAUCUGAGCGCCAGUCGGCAGUCUCCGAUCAUGUGGGCGGCGUAUUUCCACCACGACACCUGCUUGGAGGCGAUGAUUUGCGAACUGGAGCGACGACACGCCGCGUCCAGCAGUGACCACAAAGACGACCCCCGGCAAGCGCUCUUCUAUGGCCCCUUGAUCGGCAAAGCCAUCGGGUCCGCCGACCGCUUCUCGAUGAUGAUGCGCCACGGCUCGCAGUGGCAGCAGCGGUUGCAUCGCACUUUAGACUUGCUCCGGGAGAAGACGGACCUGAUAUCCUGCGCGCCCAACUUCGGUGGUGCCAACCGGACGCGGCUGUAUCACGCCGUCGAUGGCGCGCACGACGACGUGGUCGAAUACAUGCUUGAGACGGGCUGGUGCUCCGCCGAGGUCAACACGCCCUGUGGCACGCUCUCACACACGCCGAUCCACGCAGCCGUGCGCUGGAACCGGCGCGAGAUGUUCUACCGGCUUCUUCGCCACGGCGCCAACCCGCGCGACCUGGCACGGAGCCCUCUCAACGAAUCGGAUCAGUCUUUCACGGCCCUGCACGUCUUUGCCGACGAAGGACACGACGACGAUGUUUCGCUGGCCAUCAAACUUGUCGAUCUGGGAGUCCCUGUGGACGGAGAGGAGAAGGGAGAGUAUCCAGGUCUAGUGAUGGUUGAAGAUCCGCCCAAAGAGCAAUCAGACACUGGCCAGCAAAGGGAAGGCACCAGGCCGGCAGCGGUGCGACGUCACGAGACGCCGUUCCUCGUGGCGAUCCGGCAAAACGCGUUCCGACUCGCAAACACAUUGCUCCUCCUCGGCGCCGACAUAGACGCCGUCAGCCAUUCGGCCUCGUUCCUGGUGAGCGCACAGGCGCUGACACCGCUGGGCCACCUGAUAGCGCUGAACGCGCGGUCAUCAUCGCAGAAGCUGGACUAUCUUCUCGAGGGCGUGGGCCGAGCCGGCUUUGUCGAGCCGAGCUUCGUGGUCGCGCCCACGGCCCGCUGCUGCAUGACGGCCCUGCAUCGCGCGGCACUUGGCUUCCGGCAUCUGUCCACCGUGGCCGGCGAGCCGCUGCAGCGGGCCGACUACGACUUCGACACCAACGCGUACAUGAUGCGCAAGCUGCUGAGGCGCUAUCGCCGCCGCGACCAGCUAGACCGCCGCACCGGCCCGGACCUGGGCGGCAAGACGGCCCUCCACCUCGCCGUCGAGCUGGGCUGCGUCGACAACGUCCGCGCGCUGCUCGAGGCCGGCGCCAGCCUACAUGUCGCCGACGACGCCGGCGUCGGUGUUUUGGACACGGCCCGUUCUCGGCGUCAUGUCGGCCCCGAGGCUGGCGACGUGUUGAAUUGUCUCCUGGCGUGGAAUAGAAGAGAGCGAGGGAGUGGGAGUGAGAAUGCACAAGACCAUGCAUGA